GGCUGGUUAAUUUGCAAAAUAUCUUUUGUCACAAGCUUAGUUGAGGACUUUAUAAGUAAAUGAUGCCCAGCAUUCCUUCUUUGUAGGUUGCCACCACAGCAAGGGGCUUGUAUUCAAGAUGGCGUUACCGCGGAUCAUCUCGAUGGUCAUUAUGGUCAUCACUACUUUACUUUGUAGGUCCGUCCUCGCGGUGAAACCAGCUCCUCUUCAUUUCUGUCCCGAGAAUGGACUUAGGGCAUCAGUUCUUCGUGUUCCGCCAUAUAUCAUGUCGUCUAAUUCUGGAGAAGUCGAAGGCAUCUUAGGAGACUUUUUCACUCGACUUACCCGAAGAUGUUUUAUUCAAGGCUGCGGAUUGCCCCGGAAUGCAAUCCAUAUAACGCUUUUUAACUCCACGGACGAUUUUUUAUCAGCUUUACAGGAAAAUAAGACAGAUAUAGCCUUCCCGAUAUCAGGACCAGUGAUGAUGCGUAUGCGAGAUUCAGCGUAUGGACCUAGACAGACCGGACCACUAUUGGCGUUUGAAGUAUUCCUUCAAUCUGCUGGAUAUUUUCUUAUUAUGGACGUCGAACAUGUUAACAGCAAAGUCACUGCACUUGAGCUUAUGAACUUGCUUCAGAACUCUUGGCCCAUUGUCGUAUUUACACUGCUGAUUGCUGGAAUCUCAGGAAUGGUGGUCUGGAUCCUGGUAUGCCAAGUCUCACUACAAAGAUAUUACAUGCUGAGGUUCCGAGUUGUACAUCAGUCAACAUUAACCCUUUUUCAAGGGAGUAUAAUUUUUGUUGCGGGAGGCGCAGUGGGCUCAUGGUUAGUGUGCCCGUCUCCAGAUCGAGCGGUCCGGGUUCUCGCCCUCGCCGGGAAUAUUGUGUUGUGUUAUUGGGAGACAUUCUUCAAUGAGGAGGAAUUCCCCCGUUCCUUUACAAAAGGCUCGUACGAAGGUUUUUGGUGGGCUUUUGUCACCAUGACAACGGUAUCUUGUUUCGAUUUUAGUUACGGAGACAAGACCCCCAAGUUCAUUCUCGGUCGUGUAUUUGGCGUUCUUUGGAUCUUGAUCGGAGUGGUCGUUAUAGCAAUUUUCACAGCCACCGCUACUAGUGCUAUCAGUGUCGAUGCUGAAGUCUUUGCAAGAUUGGAAGGAAACAAGAUUGGUGUGCUGAAGAACACAUCAGCGGAGCUAGAAGCUGUUCAAAGAGGAGCCUUUGUGAGAGGUAAUUAGUAUCCAAAUCAACUUGACUUCAAAUUUUCCUCUCCUUCAUUUACGCCUUUCUUUCGUUAAUUGGAUCAAAAGAACGCACACGACACGGGUUCACCACAAAUUCCGUCAGGAAAUCAUUUUUUCUACGUCCUGGUUCCCUCAUGACAUAACGAGCAUUUCUUCUUUAUCAACACACGGGAACGAAGUAGAGAGUUUAACUGAGGCCAGUAAUUUAGAAGCAUUUCUAGAGUUCUAUUUAUAAACUGGUGUGAGUGUGUAUACUUCCAUCUGAUUGCCCACAAGAUUGGAAGUGGUGUUUAUUUUCUCCUUCAACAACAUUAAUUACCAGGCUGUGACAGCCCGCCCGCGUACGAGUUCUCUUUUUAUUCUGCUUUAUGUCAGUCGUGAAUCCCGAAACUAUGGUUAUGGAAACUAUGAAACUAUGGUUAUCAGACAUUCUGCAAUAGAAGAACGUGUAAACCCGGGGAGAGGCCUAGGGCUCCGAUAUGAAAGGGUGGAGGAUGCUCGUCGUCUCGCUAAGGGGUAUAAAUCAAGGAUUCCGGUCUCACUUAGGGUGUUCAAGACGAAACGUUAUUAUUUUUAGCUGACAAAGUAUCUUUCAGAGAAGAAAGAAUAAUCAAAAACGCACUUAUUUGCGUUUUUAGGCUUAAUUUCCGUCCGUGUCUCGAGUCUGGUUUAUAAGCGCGGGUUCCUUUCCUUAACAGCGGCUAGUAAUCGGGCCUGUUCUGUCUAAAGUGGUAUCUUUUAGGGGUCAAAAAAAGCUCAAGCCACACUUAGAUAUAUCGGUCCCCUGUAGUGGUUUACUUUAAGUUUUCCGACGAGCAGUCCUAACUUUUUCAUAUGGGGAUCCCCAUGGGGCGUGUCAAACCCGCAGCGACCCUAUACCAUCACCCAAUUAUCGUUCAAAGCUAUGUAAGCCGCAUUUUAAAGUACAUUGUAUUUCAUAACCGUACAUGAAUGACGAAAUGCACUACUUUUAGUUUUUUCUACAGUUUACGAGCUGUACACCGAACUCGAAAACGAUGGGAUAGACGGCAUCUUUAUGGACAGAAACAGAGCCGUGCACACUUUACAAGAAAUCAAUAAAUCGAGAUUCAUGGUGUUUGCAAACUUCUUGGAGGAAACCCCUUACUACCUUGCAGUACCUGAUGAUGGCAGUGGCCUGCUUAGAGGUUUACUGGACCAGAAUUCAUGCUUCAAAAAGCAUAUUGAAAAUUCAA